UGUAGCAAUAAUCAAGACUGCCAUUUUGUAAGCCGUACUGCAUAAAGCUCCACUGGGAUUGGCUGAACUCUCAGACAAAAAUGGUUAUAUCUUUCUCAAUAUUGGGGAAAUGCAAUAGCUCCUCUCCUUGUUUGAUUGCAAAAAUUCCAAAACCUUUCUCCAAGUACAAACUGCAUUUGAGGCAUUGUUUUGACAUAGCUUCUCAGGAAAUUUUGUUGGGUAGAAGGCAUACUGUUUUAUGUAGUGCAGCCUCGUUGGUUGCCAUUUUGGCCUUUAGACAUGGCUUUGCACCAUUGCCAGUUAAGGCAGAAGAAAGCGAUCGGAAAGAAAAUGAGAAUGAGGCAGACCAAGGCAUUCUUGACUCGAUUAAAUCCUUGUUAGACCCUAAUGAAAAAACCAAAUCUGGUAAGGUGUUGCCAAAAUCCUACUUGAAAUCUGCAAGAGAAGUUGUGAAGACACUUCGUGAGUCAUUGAAGGAAGAUGCCAGAGAUAUUGCCAAAUUUAGAAGGAUGGCAGAUGCUGCGAAGGAGUCGAUUCGAGAGUAUUUGAGUGGUUGGAAGGGCCAAAAAGCUGUUGUGGCUGAGGAAUCAUAUGCAGCCCUUGAGAAAGUGAUAAGAUCAUUAGCCAACUUCUACUCAAAGGCAGGUCCUUUCGCAGCAUUGCCAGAAGAGGUUAAGUCCAACAUUUUGGAUGAUUUGAACACCGCAGAGGCCUUUCUGUAGCAAGUCAUCAUCUGUAAGUUAUUGUGUGCAUAUUUCCAGCUUUUGCUGUAACUUAACCUUAUUUUACAUUUUCUAGAAAGAAACAGGAAAUGACAAAGCUUGUCUAUUGCUUCAUUAUUACGAAUUAAGGACCUUGUUGAUCUUUGAAUUAUGAAAUCAUCGAUUUGGUGGUUAUGCAA